UGGUUGGUUGGUUUUUCAGGACGGACCACCACCGCGGAAAGUUGGUUAGGCCAAGCCUAGGCCUACUUGUUUAAUAAUAAUUCUUCAUUGCAGUUCAAUCCUUCCUAUGCUGUAUUGUUCUUUGGUUUACAGCAGAAAUCAAUACUCAGAGUCAAUCCGUCGGCUGGAGAAGAACCUAUCUGACUGCUACUAGCGCAAGUUUGCCCAUUAUUUCUUUAAACCUGGAUCAAUUGCCACUAAUAAAAAGAUCGAGAAGAUGAGCUCUGAUUAUCCAAAUAAGAUCGUCACCGCUGUCAUUGUUGGUGCUGGGAACAGAGGACAGAUUUAUGCAUCUUUUGCAAAGGUGCAUCCGCAGAAGUUCAAGGUAGUGGCAGUUGCUGAUCCAAGAAAGUUUGCACGAGCACUUAUACAAAAGGAGUAUAAUCUCCAAAACAACCAUGUUUUUGAAGAUUUUCAAGAUAUUUUAAAGCUUGACAAACUUGCAGACUGUGUUGUUAUAGCAACUCCGGAUACCCUACAUAAGGAACCUGCUGUAGGGUUUGCUAAUAAGGGCUACAAUGUGCUACUAGAGAAACCAAUGGCUGUAACAGAGGAAGAUUGCAAAGCAAUUUGUGCUGCUUGUAAAAAAAAUAAUGUCAUAUUGGCAGUUGGACAUGUUCUUCGGUAUUUCCCACCAUUUCAGAAGAUCAAGGAACUAAUAGAUAGUGGUAUCAUUGGUGAAGUCGUAAACAUCCAACUUCAUGAACCGGUCGGAUGGUUUCACUUUGCUCAUUCAUACGUCCGUGGCAAUUGGAAUCGAGAGGAUAACUCUACAUUUGUUUUAAUGGCGAAGUGUUGCCAUGACAUUGACCUCCUCGUUUGGUGGCUUGGUGAUCAAAGAUGUACCAAAAUCUCAUCUUUUGGAUCUCUCUUUCACUUCAGGAAAGAUAAGAAGCCUGAGGGCGCUAGUUCUAGAUGCUUGGAUUGCAGUGUGGAAGGGGACUGUGCAUACUCUGCCAAAAAAGUGUACUUAGAACGUGUAAAACAGGGUAUGACUGGUUGGCCUGUAUCUAUAAUUUGUGAAGAACCCUCUAUUAAGAGUGUAACAAAAGCAUUGAAGGAAGGUCCAUACGGAAGAUGUGUUUAUGAUUCUGACAAUGAUGUCUGUGACAACCAGGUAGUGAAUUUGGAAUUUGCCGGAGGACAAACUGCAAGCUUUUCUAUGGUAGCUUUCACCGAGAAAGUCUGUGAACGCCAAGUCAAAAUAUUUGGAACAAAGGGUGAAUUGACUUACAAUGGAUCUGGUCCAGUAUAUCGAUUUGAUUUCAACUCGAAAGAGAUAUCAGUACACUCUGCGGCGCCCUCUACCAUAAAUGCUGGCCAACUCUCUGGACAUGGAGGGGCUGACUAUUACUUGAUUGACAGUUUUGUUUGUGCUGUUGCUGAAAAUGAUACUUCGAAAGUACUGACAGGGCCAGAUGUCUCCCUCAGAAGCCAUCUGUUGGUCUUUCGUGCUGAACAAGCUAGACAGGAGAAUCGUGUAAUCUUUCCACAAGACCACCAUUAACUUUCAUUGUGUAAACAAUAACAAUUAAAUAUAAUUAUAUUUUAAUUAAUUAUCAAGAUGUGUAUAUAUAGAUAACACUGUACAGUAUUAAUAUUUAGGUGCAUUAAACACUUGAUUAAUUAUGUGAAGGUGCCAUAUAUAGAUAUUAUAAUACUCUAAUAUUUAUUAGUCUGAAACCUCUAAAAAAAUUUCAAAAUACAACCAUUAUUAAGCCUAAUUUUUGAUAAUCCUUUACAAUAAAUCCAAACGAAGAAUAAUGAUCUACUUUUUGACUGGAGUUUAAUAUAAUCAUGAAUGCAAACACAUUAUUAUGUAUUUCACUGGGCAGAGUAUUAAAAUUUGCUUAUAUUAAACCACUAAGAAACAUACGUGAUCAUGGGUAAUACAGGAGUGAUACAAGUCAUCAUGGAUAUUUUUAGCCCUUCAACGAAAAGUGGCUUUCGUUGAAGCACUAUGCUUGAUACGAUUAUGACAUCAUGUGUUGCUAUUUGAGAACUCAUUUUAUUAUUUAUCCAUUUGUUUAUUUUGUUUAAUUUAAAUAUUAUUAUUAUUAUUAUAUAAUUAUUAUUAUUAUUGAUUGUUGAGAAGGGUUUCUGAGGUGGCGUUUAUUUUUUUGGUGUAAAAUGAAUAUGUAUUAUACUCAAAUAUACACCCCUUAUUUUUGCUGUAAAUGUGGAACUGCAACAGAUAAUUACUGUCAAAUGUGUUUUUGUGUGAUCAUAAAGCACAUUAAUACAAUAAAACAAGAGAUACUGUGAA